AUGGAAAUACUCAACCCCCGCACUUCCCUACUAUCAAACAGAGAACUCCUAUCCCUAAUUCAAGAAUCAGACACCUCCACCACCUCCCUCCUUCCAGCAAACCAACGUUCCCUAUCCAUCGCACUCCGUUCAUACCUCACAAGCACACAUGUCGACACCGCUCUCCAGACGCAUACCAGCCUUCGCUUGCUCGUACACGGGCUUGCACGAUGGGAUCUCACAAAAGCGGAGAAGCUGCAGAUCGUUAACCUCAUGCCUACCAGCUUGGUCGUACUCUACACCGUUAUUGAAGACUUUGAAUACCGUUUUCCGCAGGACUCUGCAAAUGGGAUCUUAGCGCUCGUACAGGCUUGUCAAGCAGAAGCAGGAACAGAGCUCGUAGCUGCCCGAGGGUCUCCUGAUGCUUCCUCCAAGCCGGAAGCACUCGACAGGGACGGGGAAGGGGAGGAGUUGUUCUUACCCGAGGCCGAGGCUGAGGGGGAAGGGGAAGGGGAAGGGGAGAUGCAAGGAGAGAUGGAGGGGGAGGGGAUGGAGAUGGAGAUGGAGAUGGAAGAGUUUGAUUGGGGCGAGUUGGACGAUAGGGAGAUAGACGAAGAUAGGGAGGAGGUGUAG